CCGUUUUGAGUGUACAAACAAAGAAAACCUCGAACAAAACUCGCGCUGGUUGUCACUUUCCUUGCGGUUACAGCGAAACAACGCUUUCGAAAUGCCGAAGAAAAACAAACCCGCGGCCAAGGGCCCGUUUUACUUCUUCAUGAUGGAGUUCAAGGAGCAGGAAGAAGCGGCCGGCUAUCGCUUCAGUGGCUUAGCCGAGGUCACGGAAAAGGCCGGUCCUCACUGGGAGAAGCUGGCCCCGCACGAGCGCGAACCGUACAAUCAAAGAGCGAAGCAGAACAAAGCCAAUCCGAAAGAAGCGGGCGGUUACGGCGAACGGUACACGGCCCAGGGAAAGCCGUUCAGUCAGGUGCAGGCGGAAGCGGUCAAGAGGCGCCAGCUGGAGGAACAGAUCCAGAAGCGGAUCGUUGAGAUGAUCCAGACGGCAUCGGUGAACAACGCGCUCGGGGAGUUGGAGGUUUACUUUGUUUCUUGCAACUACUUUUGCGUCAGCUUGUCCGGCGAGUAUGUUCCGGCCGAAUUGGCCAUCAUCAAGUACAGCUUGAACGAUGGGGUGAUGGACAGUCUGAACGUGCUGAUUAAUCCGACGGAUCUUCCGCUGGGGAUGGCCCUUGACGCCAAGACGCACAGCAGCUCGACUCAUCAGCUUCCGGUGCCGCCGGAUGCGCUUGGGGAGGCAAAUUACGAGAAAAUUCUUCGGCAGAUUUUGAAAUUUUUCAAGAACACCAGCGGAUCGAAGGUCGUACCGCCUAUUUUCACCUGGAACAAGGACAUUCCGAUGGUGGACAGCAUUCUGCGGGGCAUUUUGGAAGCGACCGAUUUGGAUUAUGUCAAGUUUUCGAUUUUGCCGUUGAUUGACUUCUUUUACAAUCUGAAGCUGGCCACCGAGGAUUACGGGCUGGACAUUAAAACCUUUCCGUCGAUUCACUUGGCCAAAGCGUUGCUGGAGAAGGACGUUUACGCGUACACGGCCGGAAUCGCCUGCGACGUCCACGAGCAACUCAACAAUCAGGUGGCCUGCGCGCUGUCCCGGGUUGUGCGCUGGGCGUACGUAAUCUCCGACAGUUGCUGCCUCGACGUGGGCAUCGAAAUGGAAAAGGGACGUCACCUGCCGCACAACAUGACUACGCUGUCGGACAUAACCGGAACCGUCUCGGCGCUUUCGUCCCGAAUGAGCAAACUCACCACGACCUCCGACAACAAUCGCAGCAAGAUGUCCCGCCCUCGCAGCACUGACCGCACGGAUAGAGAUGUAACGACCACCACAAUCUACAGCUCGCGUGCUGGAACCGUCACCGGAAAACCCUCCACCAUCGUUCCACAGCAACCGGCUUUGAGCGGCGGAACUCGAGCCGCCAACGACACGUUCAACACCACAAACCCGUUCUACGCGAUGCAGAUGGCCCAAAGCGCCAACCGAAGCCCGACGAAGAAAAAUCCGUGGUCGCGCGAGAACAAACUGGCCGAGGUUCGCGAUCCGCAGUCGGACACGGAAACGUCGAUGCUGAUGCUGGCGCCGGUUGCUGGCCGCGGCAGGGGCACGUUGGCCCGGAUGAAUGCGGCAGGGCGGGGACGUGCGCAGGAUUUGUGCACCACCGUCAAGACCGUUGGACGGGGACAUUUGAACUGAGCGGAGCUCUGAUCGAUGCAUUUUUGAACAUCGUUUGAAUCGUUGUUUGUUCUUAAUACUGACUACAGAAUGAAUUUGUUUAUUUGGUUUGAUACUCGGUUUAUCGAUAAAGUUGAUCUUGACACUAGAAUAAAAAAAAC